AUGAGCUGCGGGAUUUGUGUUGUUAUAGGAGGCUGUGGUUUUUUGGGAACAAAUUUGAUACCUCUUUUAUCCUCCAGAGGGUAUAAAGUGCGGGUAUUUGACAUUGUGCGUCCAAAAGAACAGCUUGUUGACGUUGAGUACAUGUCCGGGAGUCUUUUAGAUUUAAGAAGAUGCCUAACAGAAGAUGUUUCAGCUGUCUUUCUACUCGCAUCUCCACCUCCACUAUGUCAAGAUGAAAAACUAUUUAUUCAGGUCAACUAUUUUGGGACUAAGAAUGUUAUUAAUGUCUGUAAAGAAGCAAAAAUUCAAACUGUUUUGGACGCAAAUUCUCCAGAACUUGCCACCGUUGCGCUCAGGCCCCACGGAAUUUUCGGACCAGGAGAUCAAGAUGCAACCAGUGUCGACUUGUUCUCUUCAUUAUCGCUUAUAAACUCUGCUUAUCGGCCUGGAUUUACUCCUCUUGCUGAAACCAAGAAAAUCGUAAAAUUAACAAAGUUAGAACGACAAUAUGGAAAUCCAGUUACUAUUUUUCCAGAAAUGUUAGAAAUUUUUGUCAAUGUAAAAAGUAGAGAUGGAUCGAAUUUUGUCGAUGAGUCCACAUCAAAGGACGCUGAGCUAGAUGGCCUUAGAGAUGUUGAUGGAAGCUAG